ACCUCAGUGGGAUUGCCAUUUAAUUAGCGUCGAAGCUGCAUCAUGCAUGACACAGCUGCUGCCUGGUUCUAUAUGCCAUGCGUCGUUAGAGGUUUGGAGCUUAAUUGCUGCUGCUACAAGUUGAAUUACAUCCAACCCCAACCUCACCGAUCGAUCGUCCUGCAGCUGAUCAUCGUCUUUUGUCUCCACAUCACUAUAAAUCAUGACUGUUGUUGUCGUGCUGUUGAUUCCGAGCCUGCCUCCUCCUCCUGCAUCAGCAGCCGCAAGAAUACUCCGGUGAUUUUCAACUUUGGCGACUCCAACUCUGACACUGGGGGACUUGCCGCUGCGACCGGAUUCAACUUUGGGUACCCUGACGCCCGCGCCUUCUUCCACCAGCCAACUGGCCGCCUCUGUGAUGGCCGUUUAAUCAUCGAUUUCCUGUGGGAGAAUGUGACGAAUACACCUCAGUACGCUUACAAUAAAUACUUGACCCCAUACCUUGAGUCGGUGGAACCUGAUUUCUCCAAUGGAGCCAACUUUGCAGUAGGUGGCGCGGCCACGCUCCCACGAUAUGUUCCUUUCAGCUUGGACAUCCAGGUCCUUCAAUUCAGGCGUUUCCGCAACCGCUCCCUCUACUUCAGCGGCAGCUCAUCAUCCAAGUCCAACAACGACAAUCAUCUUCUGCUGCCGGGGGGAGAUGAUUUUAGAAAUGCACUCUACACAUUCGACAUUGGACAGAACGACUUGUCUGCUGCGUUCACCUCCGCGGUGGAUGGCCGUUCAUCAUAUGAUCAAGUUGUUGCAAAGAUCCCCACUUUCAUAGCUGAAAUAAGGGACGCCAUGUGGGCUAUUUAUCAAUUUGGUGGGAAGAAUUUCUGGGUGCAUAACACAGGGCCGUUGGGCUGUUUACCAGAAAAACUGGCCACUUACAGAACAAAAACCAGCAGCAGCAAGGGUGACGACGACAUUGAUGAAUACGGAUGCAUCAAGUCUAUGAACGAAGCCGCAAAAGCAUUCAACGCGAGGCUUGAUGCGCUCUGUCAAGACCUACGCUUGCAGAUGACUAAGAAGAAUAACUCAACCGCUAUUAAUAUUGUGUACGUGGACGUGUACUCCAUCAAAUACCAUCUCAUUGCAAGUGCUGCAUCAUAUGGUUUUGAGAAUCCAUUAAUGGCAUGCUGCGGGCACGGGGGACCGCCAUACAACUACGACGCCAGCGUGAAGUGUAGGGACCAAGGCCAAGGCUACAACAUAUGCAAACCCGAGUCCCUCUACGUCAGCUGGGAUGGAGUACAUUACACUGAAGCCGCAAAUGCCAUUGUCGCAUCAAAGAUACUCUCCGCCAAAUAUUCCACGCCUCCCCUCAAGUUUAGCAGCUUCUUCUGUAAUUAAUUUAUAAGUAGAGUCUUACGCCACACAGCUUUUGAAUCUCCCAUUUAUAUAUUAUUAUUAUUGUCAAAGGAUGGAUGGAUGGAUAGUGAAUAUAAUAAGAGCAAAACAUUGUCUUGCACAGCCCUA